AUGGCAAAUAAUAGUGACGGCAAUACUAUUACUAUUGAAAACAUUAACAACCCAUAUAUCAAAGAUAUUUCAGUAACUACUAAGCAAAACAUUAAUAAUAAUUUUGAUAUUAAUUCAAAAGCUAACAAAUGUAAUAACAGUCAAACAGUAACAGAAAAACAACAACAACAACAACGAGAACCCAUAGUGUUAGCUACCAGUGCUUCUUCGGACAAACAUCAAGAAUAUUCUGUAUCUGGUAUUAAGCCAUUAGUUGAACAAUGUUUGACAUCAGUGCUAACGAACUGUGCGAUCAGCUCUAUUAAGCCUAAAGAGGGACAGUUAGCUGUAAAUAAAACAAAUACAAGUGCAGUUAAUAUAAGUACGGCGCCGGAAUCUACAAUAACCUCUAUAAGCUCCGACAUUACUCCUAAUAUAGUUAACUUACCAAAAACAUCGACAAACGUUAAUCAUAACAACGAAACUAAAAAAUUGUUGACUAACAUUUCAUCGACAGUAUCGCCAGGUGCUCAACAAACAACUGUGACUUAUAGUUCAUUACAACCCGGUGUGGGUCGACAAAAGGCCACCAAAAACAGUGCACCGGGAAGUGACACUACUAUUACUACUACUAAUACUACUACAACCACUACUAUUACAAAUAGUAGUACUUCUCAGCCGAAAUCAAUCAGUCCAUUGCCAUUGUGGACACUGAGCUCUCGGUUCCCAAUCGCUAAAUAUUCGUCAUUUGGUGCCAACAAUCAGCUGACAUUACCGUCGAUUACAUUGACUGAUCUAUUGCUUGAUAUUAAGGUGAAGUCAGUAGAAGCAACACUCAUACCGCUCGUCAAUCAGGUAUGA